AUGGAAGAUUAUGAUUUUACAUUGCAAUAUCAUCUUGAAAAAGCAAAUAUGGUCAUUGAUGCAUUAAGUAGAAAACCUCAUGGCACUUUGGCUUGUUUGGAUUUUGAGGAUUGGAAAAUAAUGAUCAUAGUGGGUGUUUCAAAUUUAGAUGGAUGGACAGUAAAUGUCAAAGGAUUCUUAUACCAUAAGGGAAGAUUGGUCGUUGCAAAUAUCCUUGAACUUAGAGAGUCUGUUAUGAUCGAGGCUCAUAGUUCUAAAUUUUAUGUACAUCCUGGAAGCACAAAGAUGUACCAGGACUUGAAAAGACAAUACUGGUGGGAAGGUAUGAAGAAAGAUGUGUCUAACUUUGUAGCUAAGUGA